GAUCGGCGAACGGGGGAAACCAGCGCCGGCCGGAACUCUAUCUUCACCAACAAAGCGUGCCCCCAGCGAGUCAGUCCGGGCCGUACGGUGGGACGGCCGUCGGUAGCAACACCAGUAUUGCGGGAUCCGGUGGUGCUGGUCCCAGCGGUCCGAGGAAGAAGGCCGGCUCGGGUUCCGCCGCCAGCAACCACGGACGAAAUUCGUCGAAAGUUAGUUCUAAGGCAGAGAAGCGGAUGCUCGGCUAGCGGCGGCACCUUCCGCUGCCACUGCUCGCCCCUAUCGCGGUUCAUCUCCUUGUUUAUACUAUCGUAAGCCAGCAGUUUUGCUCUUGAUGGGAGAGAGAGGGAGAGGUUUAUGGAAGGAUAGGUUUUGUCUGUCUCUUUACAUUUUGUUUUUUUUUUUUGCAAUGAACGUGUGGAAUUGGCUCGCUAGGGCUUUGCCCAUUACCCCCGGAGUCCUUGAUGCGCGAAGUUAAGGCAAUGCGGAUGGUAUUCUAUGCGAAUCGCGGGGUAGGCUGCAGAUGUAAAGAGUGGCAGAGCUCCGCCAACCGAAUGGCCGAAGGAUAGGUUAGGUUUAUUAAUAUAUUAUUAUUAUUAUUAUAUUAAUAUUAUUAUACAUAUAUUGCUCUAACGCAUAGUAUGUCACGUAUUGCUAAGUGCAUUCGUAAAGCAUUAACUACAUAGAACUAUAUAUAUAGAUAUGUAUGACUAUGUAUUCUUAUAUGUAUGUAGGCAUAUAUACAUUCAUAGAUACAAACACACAGCAGGAUAGGGUUAUGCCGUGAUUAAGUCUCCUCUUCUCUUAAGUCUUUCUGCGUACGAGUGCGUGUGUGUAUGUGUGUGCAUAAGUCUAGGGACAGUUUUGCUCCUAUUUUUUUUCUGUGUUCUUCCAAUUUUUCAACGAGUAAUGAUGAUGUGCGUAUGUCUGCCCGACCUCACGAGAUACGUCAAGUCUGUUAACCAAAUAUCUAGGCCCUAGCCUGUAACUACGGUCAGUAGGCAGUACAGCUGCAGACGAGAACUACUGAAGUGUGCAACAGUGAAAAGACGGAGCUCCCGGAUUGCCGCACCUCGAACACCGAUUAUACUGGUACACGAUUCCAGUUCAAUUUAUGACCGGGGUGGCUGCUCUUUAGUUGGUAGAUGGAAUUCAAAAAGGUUACUUUAACUAAAGCCACAACACAAUGGAUGCACACAGGAGAGGUGUACUGGUGCUUCUGUGGAUGCACCGUGUGCUUGAUCCUCGCUUUUUCCAAUUUGACCGAUGUAUUUUUUUUGUUUUUGCUGGGUUUUUCGGAUCCUGCUGCACACAUUUCGCACACGCAAAACACGCAUACACCCCACCACCUCCUUUUAUCCAGAAUGCCUCUCUAUUUAUUUAGUUUAUUAGCCUCUUUUUCGUGUUUACUAUUUUGUAACUAUAGAGCUUCUACUGCGCAAUGUGCCACACUCAAGUGUAGUAGUGGGCAAAACAGCGCAGUUUGAGUAAAUGAAGCGAACGCAACAGCUUGUCUCCUGUGUUUGCAGCCAAUACCCUUCCCUUUGGUCCUCAUCAACACUACGGGGAUUGGUGUGCAGGAAGAAGAAAGUAAAAAGGGGGUGGGAAAUGGGAACGCAACGCAAUAGUUCUGGGAGCAGCGCAGGUCCGGGGUACACGCACACAGAAUGCCUUCUCAUGCCACAAUCUGGUCGUUACCUUAGCAAACGGAGCAGUGUGCCAGGAAGCUGGUAAGCGGGAUGGUGAUGCCUGCAUGAUCCCCCGCCGUGCACGCUCCACUAGUUCACACAUACGCCUCUAGUAAUACAUGAUGUGCCAUGAUUGAAUUGUUGAAGCGGAUAACAGAAAGGAGAAAGGGAAAAGUGGAAACCACGGACACAGUUGGCACCGUUCGAGUUCCGGCAUCCGAGACCGAUUCGAAUAUGAAGGUAACAGGGAAAGAGACGGACAUACGCGUGUCCUGGGAGAUGAUAAGCCACCGACAGCUAAACAGAAAUGCUCUGAGUAACAAACAAAAAACACUCAGAACUAAGCAUAUGCAUACUACACACAACCAUAAGAGAAAACCCCAAUCGUUCGUAGUAGUACAGUUAACAAGUAGGCAGCACGAGUAAUAGUAACAAAUGUGGUGUAGCAGAGCGGAACAAACGGAGGUAUAGCACAAAUAGUUAAAACAGUCAAUGCAAAAACCGCCAAUAACACUGAAAGCAGUGGUAAAAACACGCAUCUAACAGAACACAAAGAGAACAGGGCAUAGCGCAAACAGAGAAACAAACGAUAGGAAAGUAGAAAUGAACAAAAACAAAAUUGUGCCUUUUCUUGGUCCUUCCCACACGACGAGCCUUCCAGAAUGCCAAAUGGUCAGGCACAUGGGGCCGCCCAGUGCCAUGCUUUUGCCCGAUUCACCAGAAUUUACGCGACGCGCGAGAGCCGCAUGCCGAUGCCAAAACCUACGCCACACAUUAACAAACAAACAAACAUGCACACGAACACAUGCAUUCAUGCAAACGGUCAAUUUACACCAUGCUGUAUGACAAGAGCGCAUUGAUAAGCCACACUUUUUGAGCACAAACGAUUUAAGCCAAAUUCCAAUAGAAAAUCCUGCCGUUCUUCUGCUUCAGCGUGCACAACGCAUUCACAACUCGUUCAGCAGCAAUCCUUGGAAGCCAUGGCAGUAGUAGCAAGCUUAACAAAGGCAAACGUAACCAACUGUGCGUUUGUGCGAGUGUGUGUGUGUGUGUGUAUGUGUGUGAGUGUGUGUGUGUGGACGUGCUUGUGUGCAAAUAGAUAGUUGAGCAGCGGGCACAAGCAAUGUCUACUACAAUGUAUCAGUAUUACCCAAGAAACAAGCAAACAGUGUAACGAACGAAAUACCUUAGAGUGAAGUGACAAGAGCGACGGACAUAUUGGGUGGUUUCCGUACUGCUGCUACUACUACCAUUGGUCCCGCUGUGUCCACCGUUUGUGGUGGCGAAUGCAACACCACUAUUGCUAUUCGAAUAUUAAUAAUGCGUGCGCGUGUGUGUGUGUGUGUGUGUGUGUGUGUGUGUGUGUGUGUGUGUGUGUGUGUGUG